AUGUUCCGCACAGCCAGGACAGCAGUGGCCCGUCUGCCGCUGCGCAGGGCAUACUCAAGCUCGGCCAAACCCCGUCAUUUGAUGUCCAUCAAUGACCUGACACCAGCCGAGUUCACCAAGCUCAUCCGCAAUGCCAAAGAUCACAAGACAGAGGUUGCCAAAACCGACAAGCUCAGCGUGCUCGGUGGCGCCCUCACAGGCAAGACGGUCGCCAUGAUGUUCAGCAAGAGGAGUACCCGGACCCGCGUCUCAACCGAGGGCGCUGUUGCUCUCAUGGGCGGCCACCCCAUGUUUCUGGGCAAGGACGACAUCCAGCUUGGCGUCAAUGAGUCGCUCUACGACACCUCGGUUGUCAUCUCCUCCAUGGUCUCGGCCAUGGUCGCCCGUGUAGGGCCACAUUCAGAUAUCACUGGCCUGGCCCAGGACUCGAGCGUCCCCGUUAUCAACGCCCUAUCCGAUGACUUCCACCCACUGCAGGCCAUUGCUGACUUCCUCACCAUCCACGAGGCAUUCCCCUCCUCAGCCUCCGGUCCAGCAAGCCUGGGCCUCGAGGGCCUGAAGGUCGCCUGGAUUGGUGACUCGAACAACGUCCUGUUCGACCUCGCGUCCGCCUGCGUCAAGCUGGGCGUCGACGUCUCCGUGGCCUCGCCUGCUGGCUACGGGAUCCCUGAGCCCAUGAAGAAGCACAUCCUCUCAGCUGCUCAAGGGGUCUCGAGCCCAGGAAAGCUGUUGGAGACUACGGUUCCUGAGGAAGCGGCCAAGAAUGCCGACAUCCUGGUCACCGACACCUGGGUAUCCAUGGGACAGGAGCAGGAGGCUCAGAAGCGGUUGAAGGCCUUUGCUGGCUUCCAGAUCACCAAUGACCUGGCAAAGAGAGGAGGUGCAAAGGAGGGCUGGAAAUUCAUGCACUGCCUGCCGCGACACGCUGAAGAGGUCCACGACGAAGUGUUCUACAGCGAUCGAUCGUUGGUGUUCCCAGAGGCUCAAAAUCGAUUAUGGGCCGCUGUCGCUGCACUUGAGGCCUUCGUGAUCAACAAGGGCCGCAUCAUUUGA